UCUCCUCCCGCUCCUGUCCCGGAAGAAGGAAGAGAUUUCGCACAGGGAAAGAGAGAAGUCUGUUGACAGCAGGAAUCCCACCCAGGCCACUGACAACUUUCAACACAUUGUACUUUCUUAUUGAAUCUGCAAAGCGUCGCGUUCUGUUAUUUGGACGUAGCAGGAGCAAUCGAGGUAUGGAAUAUGGCAGCAACUGAAACGCAGUUUAUGUUAAGCGUCGGAUUAAUCGAGAAAGAUGUGAAUGGAGACACACUGUGGGUAUGGUGCUAUCCCUCUGUGGGCUCAGACCUGAGACAAGUCCUGCUCAGCAAGUGCUGUCUGACACAGGACAGCCGGGAUUUCCACACCUUUGUGUUUGGUCAGUUCUGUCGCAUCUGGUACUACAUUACCACAGUGGAGGUGCAGGAACCUACAGCUCUAAACAAGGUCACUCAUUUUUCAAUAGUUGUUACAGCAAAAGACUUCAACCCUGAAAAGUAUGCUGCACUUAGUAGAAUACUCUGCAGGAUGUACACCAAACAUGGCAGUCCAGUGAAGAUGAUGGAGGCUUAUGUCACCGUGCUCACCAAAGGAAUUUGCCAGAGUGAUGAAAACGGCUCAUUUCUAAUUAAGGAUUAUGAUGUUCGGAAAGCAUACUUGGCUGGUUCAGUUAAAGAUGUUGUGUCUCAGUUUGGUGUGGAGACAAUCAUCCUGUAUACCGCUCUCAUGCUGAAGAAGAGGAUCGUUGUCCAUCACCCUCGGAUUGAAGCAUUGUUGGAGUUUACAAGAGUUCUGCCAACUCUGACGUGGCACAGGAAAGACUGGUCCAUCCUGCACCCGUAUGUGCACCUGACUGAUACUGAGCUAGAGGAUCUCAAGAAAUGCCCUGGAUAUGUAGCAGGAUUUGUAGAUCCGGAAGUAAGCAACAGUACAGACUUGUUUGAUGUGUAUGUGAACCUCCCAGACAGUGUCAUCACAGUAUCCCAGAGUGCCAAAGAGGCCAUGGCUAUGGGGAAGUUGCACAAGGACAUCGGCCACCUUAUUGUCCAGUCUGCAGAGGAUGCUGAGAGGUCAGAUAGUCAGGUCAUUAAGGAUAUUUCUGUCAAGACUAAAGAGAUCCUUGCCAACUUGGUGGCCCUGGCUGAUGAGCGUGAAGACUCUAAAAUCACAUUGGAAGGUUUAAAGCAGCAUCAUUUCCCUCCGGCGACGGAGAACUUCCUCUUUCAUUUGGCAGCUGCCGAGCAGCUCUUACGGAUAUAGACCCGUUCUCAGACACCGUGCUGCAGGAUGACGUUACAGUCAACAGCAUGCUGUUCCGUUUUUUUUGGGAUGAUUACGGUUGUCUGAAAGGCUUCGGCACACGCUCACUGUUAUCAUUAGAGUGUGUACAAGCCAAUUUGUUUUUUCACAGUAAUCUUCACGUGAGGUAGGAAGGUGUCCCCAGCACUGAUAUUUGAACACCCUGCUAUUUUGCAAGUUCUUCCACUUAGAAAUCAUGGAGGGGUCUGAAAUUGUCAUCGUAGG